CUUCGUCUUCGUCUCCGUCUCGAUCUCGACAAAUCUCUCUCUCUCUCUCUCUCUCUCUCUGGGCCAUCUAUGAGGACGAGAAGAAGGUAGCAAAGUAAUGUCUCUGAGAAGGGUCUUUCGUCCUCGGAGGGGUCUCUUGAAUUCCUCUCAGGAUCUCAGAACCCCCAAAGCAGAAGGGAUCGAAUCGAACGAAGAACAACAGCGCAGAGACAGCGAUGGUGAAGCCAAGGAAGGAAUCGAAGUGGUUCCAGAUGAGGAUUGCUGGUCCAAAAUGCUCCCUGAGCUUCUCGGAGAGAUCAUUCAGCGAGUCGAGGCAAGCGAAGAUCGGUGGCCUCUCCGGAAAAACGUCGUUGCCUGUGCUUGUGUAUGCAAGAGAUGGAGAGACGUCACCAGAAGCAUCGUUAGGUCCCCUCUCCAGUGCGGGAAGAUCACUUUCCCUUCUUCUCUCAAACAGCCGGGUCCCCGCGAUUCUCCCCUUCAAUGUUUUAUCAAACGGAACAAGAAGACUUCAACUUUCUAUCUUUAUCUUGGCCUGACUCCGACAACAUUGAUGGAUAAAGGGAAGUUUCUUUUAGCGGCACGGAGAUUUAGGCAUGGUGCUCACACAGAGUAUAUAAUCUCUCUUGAUGCUGAUGACCUGUCCCAAGGAAGUAAUGCUUAUGUUGGGAAGCUGAGCUUGGAUUUCCUUGGCACCAAAUUCACGAUAUAUGACAGCCAGCCCCCGUAUACUGGUGCAAAGCCCUCUAACAAUAGAGCAAGUCGUCGAUUUGCUAGUAAGCAAAUCAGUCCCCAGGUUCCAGCAGGCAACUUUGAGAUCGGGCACGUCUCCUACAAGUUCAACCUCUUGAAGUCCAGAGGGCCUAGAAGGAUGCUCUCCACACUGCAGUGCCCAUUUGUAAAAGAAAAUUCCCUUGAAGGGUCUGAGAAGAACUCUGAAAUGCAAAACCCAGCUUCUGGGUCCAUGAUUCUGAGGAACAAGGCUCCAAGAUGGCAUGAACAUUUGCAAUGCUGGUGCCUAAAUUUCCAUGGCCGGGUCACAGUUGCCUCUGUAAAGAAUUUUCAGUUGGUUGCAGCUGUGGAUCCCAGUCAGCCAGAAGGGAAAGGGGAUGAGGACACGGUACUGUUGCAGUUCGGGAAGGUUGGGGAUGAUGUGUUCACGAUGGAUUACAGGCAGCCCUUGUCAGCUUUUCAGGCAUUUGCAAUCUGUCUCACCAGCUUCGGUACGAAACUUGCCUGCGAGUAGUUUAUGUAUGUUAUUACUUUCUGUGUAUUCAAGUAAUGUGUGUUUGAUGCUAACAGCAGCCUUUGGAUGUUGUUUUAAUAUUUGGCUUCGUAUUUCUUCUGUAAUUCUAUACUAUAAGAGCAAUUUGGUCCACAAUUUACUUUGCUCAA